CGCCAUAUUGAAUCCAACGUCCGCGUUCGCACGCGCAUGUGUGUGUGUGUGCGUUAAUUUUCGCGUAUCCGGCCAUUACCCGCGCGCGACCUGUGAGUGUGUGCGCGCGAGUGUGUACCCACUGUGGCUAUCCGCGUGAACAUAAUUGUUAUCGUAAUACAAAAUAAUAUAAGGUUUUUAAAUAUAUGUUCAAAUCAACGAUACGAUUUGUACGGAUUUGUUCGGACGUUUUCGUUUCUGUUAUUUAUUUGUUUAUUUUUUUUUUUGAGACAAUUUCCCUUGCCCCUUCCUGCUUCGUCACGAAUCGUGUGUGUGCGCGCGCGCGCGCGUUGAAGAACUCGUGCUGCGACCAGCCGCCGCCACCAGUGCAACAGAGAUAUCGUGUCCGAGCUUUUUGGAUUCUUGUCAUAUUCAACGAUAAUGCACUAAUAAGCCGAACAUAUAUUUUUUUUUCUCGCCCAACCGACGUAUAAUAAUAUAAUGAAUGUGAUCGAUUUGGUCACCGUCCUUGGUUGACCCUUUUCAUUUGCGUGUGUGUGCGCGUAUGUGCGUGCGUGUACGUACGAAUUUACAAUAAUCUUAAUAAUUAAUAUUUAAUAAAAGUACGUGCGUUCCGAGUGGUUUUUGAAGUUUAUUUCCCGUUAGUUUCGUCCGGGUCGUUCGCAUGACCACCGCGGUGGCUGCGUUAUCGUCGUUUACACCGUCGCGGGUCGCCGUACGACGCGUGCGAUUUGUCGUUGCCGAUGCACGACAGCGCGAUGGCCGAUGACGAUCAAGCCGCUACUGCAAUUAAUAAGUGUACGUUGUCGUCGUCGCCGCUGCCGCUGUUAUCAAUCGGUCGUUACAGUGUUGUUGUGAUGUCGGAAUCACAUUUUGCCGUGUAACCACUAACGCCAUCGCCACCACCACCACCACCGCCACCGCCGCCACCGCCGCCGCAGCUGCUGCUGUUGUUGCUGCCGGACACAACAAUCCCGAAAAAACGGAUUGCGGAUAAUAUCGUCGUGUCUUGUCGUCUUUUGUUCCCGCAGCCGCCAUCGAUUUAUAUACUGCAUGAUGGCAUCUCAAAUGGAAAUUGAUGACGAUGUAGUUGAUUUAAGUAUAUCAAGUCGCACAAAUCAAUCAUUGAGAGAUGAGCAACUUUCUUUAAAGAAUACUCAACCAGAUGAAACUCAUAGCCAUAUGAAUGGACAUUUGGUCAAUGGUUUCACUAUAACUGGCAAUGAUUCUUCAGAAGACAGUGAUGAUGAUAUGCCUCUUGAACUUCCUCCAUCUCCUAAGGACUUCCUGGCCCCUGAAGAGAUUUGUGAAAGAGAAAAAUUGAUCAGAGUUCUUAAGGAAAAUCUCCGAACUGAAGAAAUGACUUUGGUGCUGCUUAAGAAAUUGCAACAAUCUCAACAAAUUAACCAAAUUGCUCAGAGUGUCACCAUAACACCUCAGGCAGCUCAUACUAAAGAUCAUUCUAAUUUGUUGUCAUCCCAAUUGCCUUCUGGAAAGUCAGCUCAACCACCUAUGCCCCAUGUACCUCAUCAUACAAAACCUCCUCCACCACCAUUAAAUCGUUUACCAUCAUCGUCAAGAUCUAAUGUUCAUCAAUCUCAUCAGUCUAUGUCUUCAACUUCGCCAAUGGGUACUAGUAGAUUACCUCCUUCAAAUGGCAUACAAAAUUUGCAGAGAUCAUCCAAUGGUCGAUCAUCAAAUUCUGCUCAUUCAUCACCUUCAAUUACUCUUGAACGAGUAAUGAAAGACCACCAUUCGUCUAGUAGUUCUCAAUCGGAACGUAUGAGAAAUGAUGAUGGCCAAACACCUGCUCAGAGACAAGCAGCCGCUAAAUUAGCUCUUAGAAAACAAUUGGAAAAGACACUGUUGCAGAUUCCUCCACCAAAACCUCCACCACCUGAAAUGCAUUUUAUUCCAAAUCCGUCAAAUACAGAAUUCAUAUAUUUACUUGGGUUGGAACAUGUUGUUGAUUUUAUAACUAAUGGUGAAAUGAUAGAAGCUAGUGUACAUAAAGAACCGUAUAAAUGUUCUCAAUGUGAAUCAAAUUUUACACCUGUUUGGAAACUGGAAAAACCAUCUAGAAAUAAAGAACCUAAAAUUAUUUGUGAACUGUGCGUGACUAGCAACGUAAAAAAAUCUCUUAAAGCAGAACAUACAAAUCGACUGAAGACAGCAUUUGUCAAAGCUUUACAACAAGAGCAAGAAAUUGAACAAAGACUGGCCCAAGGAUCACCUCCAUCAUCAGUAUCUCCAGCGCCAGUGCAUCCAAUUCAUGUUAAUCCACCAAUGCCGUCCAUGCCUAAGCCAGCCCCUGCACCAAAACGUAACCCUACACCUCCACAACCGCACAAAAUGCAUCCUUCAGAUCCUACUGGUGGUAAAUUUAAUGCUGCUGCUGCAGCUCACCUUGCCCUACAACAACAAAUGCUCAGAGGAUUGUCACCUCAUCCUGCAGCUGCUAUGUUGCAGUUUGCACCACUUCUAUAUCCGUAUCAACUAGCCAUGGCACAAGCCAGUGGUAAGAAUUCGGCUGCUGCUGUAGCUGCAAACCUUGCAGAAUUACAGAGACAGGCAGUUGAUUUGCAACGACAGUAUUUAAUGGAGAUGAUGCCUCAACAAGGACAGUCCCGGUCUGCAUCGCAAACGCCUACAUCUGCACAUAACUGGAAGUCAUGAUCAUAAAGAUUAAAGUUUACCAAAGACACAUUCAGCUAAUGCUUUAACGACGUGUGACUAUCAUCAAUAUUGUACAUUUCUAUUUUCUUUGUACUUGCAUCAGAGAGGUCUGUGCCCAUUGCAGAUAUUUUGUACUAAUAGCACAUUGUACAAGUUGCAUAUUUUUUUUUGGACAGAUCGGAAACAAUUAUAACAAUUGGCUAUUAAUCAUUGCAUUCCAAUACAGCACACAUACACAAUAUGAAUAAUAUGGCUAAAGUGUUGUAUUUAUGUUGUUAUUUUCCCAAAGACUAGUAUAAUGCAUUGUCUUAACAAUGUAAAUAUUACAUUACAUCUAUUGAUGUGUUGUAUAAUGCUGUCCAUGAAAAGGUCGAAUAAUAAAAAUGAUGAGAAAUAAUAAUACUGACCUGACCAAAUAUGCUAUAUUUGCAUCACUACUACUCAGUCAUCAUGCAGGAUUUGACUUUAUUAUUAUUUUUAUAUUCUAACUUUUAAUUAUUAUUAUUAUUAUUAUGUUUCAGAAAUUCAUGUUUGUUUCCAAACAAUAAGUUUGUGUUUGUACAAAAUUAUGUACAAAAUCACUCUGUAGCAAACCUAUUGUUUACAUUGUUCAUUUAUUUUGUAAAUAGUCCAAAUAUUUGAUUAAUGAAUUAUACAUUUAUGAUAUAUAAAGAUACAUUUUGUAUAAUAAGAGCCAUGUUAGUGC